CGUCGCUUCGCCGUACAGAAGUGGAGAACUAAAAUGGCGUCCGGUGCCAUUUCAGCGGAGAUUAAGAAGAUAACCGAUUUGCGCGUUGUUGAUUUAAAAACCGAGCUCAAGCGGAGGAACCUGGAUGUUACAGGAGUGAAAAAUGUCCUCAUUGCAAGACUGAAACAGGCAUUAGAAGAGGAAGGUGGGGAUCCAGAAAACAUUGAGAUCCCUGUUUCAGCUGACACGACUACCCGGAAGAAUGCAAAAUCUAAAGGAAGGAAGAAUGACUCUGACGUUGACAACCUAAUGGAAGAGUCAUUUUACAAGGAGCCGGAAGAGGAGGAAUCUGAGAAAGAUGUAACUGAUACUGAUGAUGCUACUCGUGAAAAUACUAAAUCCUCCUCCGACGGGGAUGGCCUCGUCGAGCCUGAGGCACAGCCAGAACUGGAGGCAGAGCCUGAGAUUGAGGCAGAGGCAGAGCCUGAGCUUGAGGCAGAGCUGGAGCCUGAGCUUGAAGCUGAGGCAGAAGUCGAACCUGAAGUCCCAGUGAUGGAGGCCUUGGAGAGCGAAGCCGCUCCUGAACCUGCCAAAGAGGUCGAAGAUGAUAACAUAUCCGUCACCAUCCAGGCAGAAGAUGCCAUCACGCUGGAUGUGGAUGGCGACGACCUCCUGGAGACAGGUAAACAUGUGAAACUUCCAGAUUCUGAGGCAGACAAGGGCUGCGAGGAGCCAGAAGCCUCUGCCGAGACGAGGCAGGAGGCAGACUCGAUGGCCGAAGUAAAGGACGGCCACAAGGAUGGUAAGAGAGACGACGGCCCGAAGACUGAUGCCAACAAGAAAGACGGCAGGGAGGCCUUGAAGAAAGCUGAAACGGGAGACAAAGAAAAGGAUUCUGGGAAGAAAGGCCCCUCUUCUGCUGGGGUAGCAGGUCAAGCAAAGAGUGCCUCAAAAGACCGAGAUGGGAAGACCACAAAAGAUGAAAAAGCAGGAAACAACAGCAGCACGAGCUCUACUCGUAACUUGUGGGUGAGUGGCCUGUCAUCCAGCACCAAAGCAGCUGAUUUAAAGAAUCUUUUUGGCAAAUAUGGAAAGGUUUUCAGUGCCAAAGUAGUCACCAAUGCCCGCAGCCCAGGAGCUAAAUGUUAUGGCUUGGUGACGAUGUCCUCUAGUGCUGAAGUGGCACGAUGCAUAUCCCAUCUGGACUGCACUGAGCUCCAUGGUCAGCAGAUAUCUGUGGACAGGGUUAAAAGUGACCCUUUCAAGAAGGACUCUAAAAAAGAAGCAGAGGAUAAAACCGGAUCCAGUAAAGCAUCAGGAGAGAAGCGUGUUUCUACUGGGCUGAAGACCACUAGCAAGACUCAGGCCUCCUCUAAAAAGGAAGAGAAGAAACCAGCUGAGAAGGACAGCAAAGACACUUCCAAGAAACAGGAGUCCAAAAGCACCAAGUCUGAUGCGCCGUCUUCUAGCUCUGCUUCAGAUCCCAAGAAAGAUGAGAAGAAACACGGGCGGAAGAGUCCAGGGAAGAUGCUCAUGCUCAACCAGUCGAAAGGCCAGCAAGGCUUCAACAAACCUCGGCUGCCGUUCAGAAGGGGAGGGAGGUUUGAUAAGCCUGCCGCUCCUAAUAUGAUGAAUAGACGUCCUCGGUGGCUCAUUCCUCCUGAAGAGAUUGAAGCGAUAAAGAAAGGGAGGCCUUUUCAUAACAAAGGUGGCAAUAAGGACAUCCUUCCCUUUGAGAAGAUGAAGGAACAGAGGAUGCGCGAGCGUAUGAUUAGGAUGGAGAGAGUCCGCAGGGCCAUGGAACUGCGCAGGCGACGCGAGAUGGCAGAGCGAGAGCGCAGAGAGCGUGAACGGCUGCGGGUAAUGCGAGAGCGUGAAGAGAGGGAGAACCUGAUGCGUGAGCGCCAAAGGCUGGAGAUGGAGAGGCAGAAACUGGAACGUGAACGCAUGGAGCGAGAGCGUUUGGAGAGGGAGAGGAUCCGCAUAGAACAGGAGCGACGUAAGGAAGCAGAGCGCCUGGCUCGCGAGAGGGAGGAGCUGAGGAGGCAACAAGAGCAGCUACGCUAUGAGCAGGAGAAACGCAAUAACCUGAAGAGAGGCCGUGACGUGGACCACAGGAGGGAUGACUCCUACUGGAACGGUAAUAAGAAGAUUCAGCCAGAGUCGGAGGGCCGUAUGAACCAAGCCUCAGACUACAGUAACCGGCAGCAGGGCCGCUUCAGUGACUUCAGCUCCAGAGACCGAGCACGUUUCUCAGAUGGUGCUCCAGUCCAGCCCAACAGCUUUGACAGGCGGAAUCGAUUUGAUGGUGAGCCAGAGGCCAAGAAGAAUCGUCCUGACCCACGGCGUGAAGGUUCUGGGUUCGAGCGCUACCCUAAAAGCUUUGAUGGCGUGCGCCGGGCCGAGCCUCCUCCCCCUUCAGGCCGCUCUGAUCUUCGUGACACAGACAGGAGAGAUAUUCGUGACCGAGAUGAACGUCGCCCUGUGUCAAUGCCUGAACGGCCAGCAGGUGGCAGAGCUCCUCCUCCAGCCAUGAGCCACUCUCGCUCAGCCAGAGACACCGGACACGCAGGCUGGAAAAAUGACGGUGGCAUGAGCACCAAACCAUCUGACGUCAGGGGAGCGGUCCGGAUGCGUCCAGAGCACUCAGGCCGAGAUGGGCCGGUCCCGAACAUGAGAGGCGCCGCCUCAGCCAAUCGCGGCAGAGGCACCUUCAGUAGUCGAGAUGGAGGCAGACCUGCAGUGAUGGGUGAACAGCAUUUCAGCAGUGGAAGGCAGGUGGUGGUGGAGAGGCAUGGCCGGGAUCAGGGACCCAGAAAGGAGUGGCAUAGCAGCGGCUCCCAGAGCGGAGGCUUCCCUGAUAACCGGCGCAUGGGAGAAAGUCGGCCCGCCAUGAUGGCUCCGCAUUCCAGCCAUUCCUCUGGUGGCAUGAACAGAAUCGUCCAGAUCACAAACGUCCCCAUGGCUGGCAGCAGUGGAGGAUUCAAACCCUUCAAGGGGAGGUUCUAGCAACCCCCUCUUCUUUUGCAACAGAGGAAAAAAAACAAACAUUUUAUAACUUAAUUUCUUUUUUUUUAAGUUUCAGAUAUUUGAUGUUUUUAAAUGGUUGGACUGAAGUGUAAACGAGCUUUUUUUUUUGUAUAGAGCCUUGUUAAGCUACAUGUAGGACUCCGUUCCUCAGUCGUUCUCUUGUGAGCUGUAAAAAGUGCACAGCCAUGUUACUUUAGCACACCACACUGUUAGACAGCUUGUGUAGGUUUUUUUUCCCCCCUCUCCUUUCCAUGUGUAUUUAAAAUGUUUUGAGGAGAUGACAUUCACUUGCUUACUUUUCUUGAGUGUUUAAUAAUUUUCAGUGUCUCCCUGAUAAACGGCUGAGGGGUUUGUUAAAGAGCAGAUAAAUUGCAGCGGGUGUGUGCAGAAGUAGGCAAUGCAGUAUUGGGAAUCCCUACUGUCCACUUGAGUUUGUGUGUGUAGCAGUAGACAUGCAGUGUGUUCUUUCCUGUUUCAUCAUGCUCUGAAUUCGUCACUUCAUUCAGUCCUACAGAUUAAGUGUUUAAUUCUGAACACUAAAAUACAUUCUGUUCUGAAGAACCACAGUGCAACAGGUCUUGCUGUGCAUAUUUCUUUAAUCAGAAUUUUUCUUCCUUCGUCUAAGGCUUGUUACAGAUAACGUGUCUACUUUCACACACCAUGUUGGGCUAAUUUACACGUUUUGGUCAUAUAUACACACAUUAACCCAUUUUAAUAUCCAGCCUUUAUGUAACUAAAGAUUUAGUGUAAAUAGAUAUAGAAAGGAAGAACAAGUAGAAACUGUUAAGUGGAUCACUGACUCAGUUAGCUCAAAACAUGCACGGUGAGAUUUUGCUUGUAUUGUCCACUCCAUUAAACUCAUGUCAAGAAGGAUGUACAGAAGUUCUUGCAAGAUCUGAUCUGUUUGUGAUGGAUAGAUAGCAUAUAUAUGUGAUAGUUUUUCUUUUAUGAGGAGUGUCAUAGGUGGUUUUGGCAAAGCAGGCACAGGAUUUGUUCACAGACUCACCCCAGUGUGUAUUAAAGCAUAGCCUUAAAUCACAGGUUCCUGUAGUCCCUUUUUUUUCCCCCCCCCUCUUGCUCUAACACACUUGAGCCCACUCUUCACUGGGUGUGUUACAGCAGGGAAAAUACUGAACUGUGCAGAACCAGGGGCCCGAGUCUGUGCCUUUAAAAGAAUAGCUUGGUGACAUAUUGAUCAGCAGAGACAUUUUGGUAUCUAAAGCCAUUCUGUAAGAAGUAAUGGACACUUCUCACUCCUGUAAAUAUCUGCUUCAAACCACAGACAAUAGAUUAAAAUGAAACUUCAGUAUAGCUGAACAUUUGGCUGCUCUUUGCUCGGAUUAUAAAAAGUUAUUUCUUCUCUCUUCCUUCAGGAAAGGAAGAAGCCUCAGCUUUUCUCCCGUCAACAGCUUUAUGUAUGUCUUUUUGGAGGCUGUUAGUCACGUCCUGUUCAUUAACAUGAUUCAGUUUACUUACAUUAAAACUCUGGCAUCUGAUUCUGUAUAAAA